AUGGAGAAGGUUGAAGUCGAAUUUGUCUCAAGGAAAACCAUUAAACCUUCUUCUCCCACCCCUCACCACCUUCUUCACUACCAGCUCUCAUUCCUCGAUCAAAUCUCGCCUCCGGUCUACAUCCCCUUAGUACUUUUCUAUUCCGCUGAAACUAACAGGGAGACUAGACUCGACAGAGCGGAUAUAUCGACCCGCCUGAAGAGUUCCUUGUCUGAGACCCUGACUCGUUACUACCCACUGUCUGGGCGGCUUAGGGACAAGCUUGCCGUGGAGUGUACUGAUGAGGGAGUCCCCUUCCUGGAAACAAGAGUGAUGUGCCGUCUCUCCGAUAUGGUUCAGAACCAGGAUACAUUAGAGCUGCGGAAGUUGGUUCCUUUUGCUAUUAAUGCAGCCGAUGAUGUAAUCCUGGGUGUCCAAUUCAAUGUGUUCGAGUAUGGUGGCAUUGCCGUAGGCAUCUGCCUCUCUCACAAAGUGGCGGAUGGACUGUCUGUUUUCGUGUUUGUAAGAACUUGGGCCGCUAUUUGCCGUGGAGAAGUAAACGUGGUGUCACCGGAGUUCCUGUCCGCCACGCUCUUCCCACCAAAGGACUUAUCAGGGUACGAACCCAGCACGGGAAUCGUGACUGAGAACAUUGUCUCAAAGAGGUUUGUAUUUAAGUCCAAUGGGAUAGAGUUGCUCAAAGCAAAAUACAGUGCAGGGAUCGACUCGCUGAACCAACGACCGCCAACUCGUGUCGAAGCACUAUCUACAUUCAUAUGGAGCCGAUUCGCAUCCUCAACCCAAGUCUUCUCACAAGCCGCGAAGCUAUGCUUCCUGGUUCAUGCCGUGAACCUGAGGACCAAGUUCGACCCACCAUUGACGGAGCACUCCUUCGGGAACCUGUACCGAGUUGCAAUCACGUUUCUGUCUCCAGGCAUGAACGGAGGUUGCGGUGACCUUGUGCCAAGGGUGAGGGAGACUAUAGCAGGGAUUGACAGGGCAUAUGUCGAGAGACUUCGAGAGGGGGAUGAGCACUUGAGCUUCAUCAAUCAGGCAAGUGAGAUGUACCGCGAAGGGGAGAUGAUAUCCCUCAACGUCACUAGCUGGUGCAGGUUCUCCAUAUAUGAGGCCGAUUUUGGGUGGGAGAAGCCCACGUGGGUCGGAUCGCCCGCCCUGCCAUACAGGAAUUUAGUUGUCCUCAUGGACAUGAAAUCGGGGGAUGGAAUAGAAGCAUACAUUCACUUGAAGGAGGAAGACAUGGUUAAGUUUGAAAGUGAUGAGGAGUUGCAAAAGUUCUUUCUUUCAGUGCUUCACGCGGUGAACUUAUGCACUCAGAUGGAUCGGGCACUCUCAAAGCUCCACUUUGGCAAUAUUAGUCGGACUGCAGGAACAAGGCCAAAUACGUAUAUCAGUGGCAACGUGGGUUGUAAGAUCGUGAGUCAAGUGAGAGACGCAAUAAGGCAGGUUAACGUCGAGUAUGUGAAGAAGCUCCAACAAGGAGAUGGACACCUGAACUCCAUGAGGGAGCGCGGGGAGAAGAUCUCGAAGGGAGACUUCGUCUCAUUCAGCUUCACCAGACUAUGCCGGUUCCCAAUAUACAAGGCCAAUUUCGGGUGGGCAAAGCCAGUCUGGGUUGGUUCAGCGAGCUUGACAUUUAAGAAUCUGAUCGUCUUCCUUGACACGAAGUCAGGAGAUGGAUUUGAGGCUUGGGCUAACCUCAAGGCCAAGGACAUGGCCAAAUUCGAGAACGACAAGGAGCUCCUCGCGUAUGCCUCCCCGAACAUUAACGUGAAAAGCUAUAUCCUACAGGGAGAGGGUAUUUUUCAUGCCUCAGCUGCACUAUGUGGCAAUACAACGGAACGAUAA